CUUGGAUUCUACAAGAAGCACUGGAUUGAAUGAUAUCGUGAGUAAUGUUAGCUUGGAUUCUUUGAGAAGCGUUGGAUUGAAUGAUAUCGUGAGUAAUGUUAGCUUGGAUUCUGCGCAAAGCAUUGGAUUUGAUGAUAUCAUGAGUAAUGUCAGCUUGGCUUCUACGAGAAGCAUUGGAUUGAAUGAUAUCGUGAGUAAUGUUAGCUUGGAUUCUGCAAGAAGCAUUGGAUUGGAUGAUAUCGAGAGUAAUGUUAGCUUGGAUUCUGUGCAAAGCAUUGGAUUGGUUGAUAUGAGUAAUGUCAGCUUGGAUUCUGCAGGAAGCAUUGGAUUGGAUGAUAUCGAGAGUAAUGUUAGCUUGGAUUCUGCUAGAAGCAUUGGAUUGAAUGAUAUCUUGAGUAAUGUUAGCUUGGAUUCUGUGAGAAGCAUUGGAUUGGAUGAUAUCAUGAGUAAUGUUAGCUUGGAUUCUACAAGAAGCAUUGGAUUGAAUGAUAUCAUGAGUAAUGUUAGCUUGGACUCUACGAGAGGCAUUUGA